AUGUCGGACGCAUCAAAAUCACCCGUCAAGGUUCCCGGAGCCACAGGACCCCAACUUCGGUCAGUUCCAGGUCGCCUUUUGUGGUGCAUGAAGCCCAAGUCGUCGAACACGUUACACGUUACCCCAGUGGGGACGUGGACCCUUGCCACGCACGCACACUCGCACCCACCCGUACGGACACCCGUCAACUGACCCGAUCUGCGCGCUCUGUCUUCGCAUCCCUCCUCCUCCUCUUGUAUUCAACUGACAUUCCACAGUCGACGAGCAGCCGCGCUCUCGCCGACAAAGAAGGACGCCGAUGCACCGCAAUCGCUCCGAGCUGCCGGCGCAGGAGGCAGCAGUUCGACGAUGAUGAAGCUCUACACCCAGGACGAGAACCCGGGGUUGAAAGUGUGAGUGCUCCCAACAGAUUCACGGGUGGCUACUCUGGAGGAAGGGUGCUCCGCGCUGUAUGCAACCUUGGAAGCGGUCGGCAGCGCUGUGUGGCGCUCGUCGAAGCAGCAGAGGUCGUAUCACGUGGCGAAAUCGUGUGCGCAAGUACCUCCAGUGGUGUAUGAGAUGCACCACACUCUUCGGCAUCGUCCAAUUGUGUCCUCGCUACGAGAAGUGAUUCUGAUCUACUUGCCUCCCCACCUCGAAAAUCUCACUCCCCUCGUCAAACCGACCUUCAAUCAAAUCUGCUGAAUGCCUUCCAAUCCAACAGCGAUCCGGUCAUUGUCCUCUCGCUCGCUGUCGUCUUCAUCUUCUCCGUCGUCUUUUUGCAUCUCUUCACCAAAUGUGGGUCCCUAUUCGGCUUUUGACACGAGCAGGAACGAGCCGAACUAACGCUCACACGCUCCGGUGCGGUGCUCAGUCGUCCGGUACUUUUCCAAGUAA